AUGGGGGAUAAGCGCAAAGCGAACGGGGAAGGGGAGGCUGAGAACAAGAAGUCAAAGGCGGCGGUAGCGGGAGAAGAAGGGUCCGCAGGCGCAGGGGGGGCAGCGGGAGGGGGAGGCGAGGUCAUGGGGGGGCCCUCAGGGUUUAAGGUUUUGAAAGAGGGUGCAGCGGAGAUUUUAGUACAGGGUAACGACGUGUUCUAUAACAAGGCGCAGGUAGUUAAUCGCGACCUGUCCGUUUGCGUGCUCCGCGCGUUCGUCGCGGUUCGGCGGGAGGAGGAGAAUCAGCGGGCCGCGGCGGCGGCGGCGGGAGUGAAGGGACGCGCGCUCCUGAAACACCCCAACGCGGACCUUGCGGCGAAAUCUGCGGCGGCUGCUGCGGCGAAGCUUAGAGGCGGGGAGAAAGGUGGAGCCGCGGAAAGCGGGGAAGGCGGGGAGAAAGGGGAAGCGGGGGAUGGGAAGGGUGAAGACAAAGAGGUGAAGGAGAGAGAGGGAAGAGCAGCAGAAGGGGCCGCGGGAGGGGAAGGAGGGGAGGGGAAGGAGACGAGCGGAGAGAAGGGGGACGGCGCGACUGCAACAGACGCAGCGGCUGAAGCGGGGGAGGGGCAGCAGCAGCAGCAGCAGCAGGCGAAGGUGGCCGAAGUGAAGCCUUUGAGAAUCUUAGAGCCGCCCCUCUCAUUCGUUACCCGCCCUCCCCACUUCGAACCUUCGCCCACACUUCAACUCGUCUCUUUGCCCACACUCACUCCCCCCUCCCGGGGAUUAGCAGCAUCAGGCCUGCGGUCGAUCCGGUAUGCGAAGGAGAUCCCGGGGGUGGGCGCGGUGGUGGCACUGGACAACGACCCCGUGGCCGUGCAGGCCUGCCAACGCAAUGUAGCGCUCAUCCUCCGCCUCAGGUCGAUCCGGUAUGCCAAGGAGAUCCCGGGGGUGGGCGCGGUGGUGGCACUGGACAACGACCCCGUGGCCGUGCAGGCCUGCCAACGCAACGUGGCACACAACUUCGGUGGUGCACCACCACCCGCCACCGCCACUGAUGCUGCUCCACCACCACCCGCCACUGCUGGUGGUGCUGCUGUGGCUGAAGGGGAGGGAGGGGAGGGAAAGGAGGAGGGUAAGGGAGGGGAUAAGCCGGCGAGUGAGGGAGGGAAGGGGGAGGGGGAGAGGGCGGUACCAGUGAGAGCAGAGCAAGGCGAUGCGCGUGUGUACAUGAUACUGCACGAGAAGCAGUUUGAUGCGGUGGAUCUGGACCCGUAUGGGACGCCGUCAGUCUUCCUGGACGGGGCGGUGCAGGCAGUGGCGGAUGGGGGCAUGCUGCUGGUGACAGCUACUGAUAUGGCCGUGCUGUGUGGCAACAACGCCGAGGUCUGCUACUCCAAGUACGGGGCCUAUCCACACCGUGCCAAGUACUGCCACGAGAUGGCCAUCCGCAUACUGCUUGCCUCCAUCGAAAGUGCAGCGAACCGGUUCAAGCGGCACAUAGUGCCGGUGCUGUCCGUGUCCGUUGAUUUCUACAUCCGCGUGUUUGUGCGCGUCUUCACGUCGGCGCAGGCAGUGAAGGUGACCCCCAGCAAGCUGGCACACGUCUUCCAAUGCUCUGGAUGUGACUCCUACCACCUGCAGCCCGUGGGGCGGGUUGUUGAGGGGCGAGCAAAGACAACGUCCCCACAUGCAAACUGUGUUGUAGACAUUCUAGACAAUUCUUUCUUCUUUCUCAUCCGACUCAACCCUCCUCUUUCCUCCCUUUUUUUACCUCCGUACCCCCCGGCCCUCCAGAAACCAGACGCCCCUCCCCCUCCCCCCAGGUACCUCCCCGGUUUGGGCCCAGUGAUUCCCCCUGCGUGUGAGCACUGCGGGCGGCAUCUAAGCAUUGGAGGGCCCAUGUGGUCGGCGCCCAUCCAUGACGCCAGCUGGGUUCGGCUGGUUCUGGGGGAGGUGCAAGCGGGGAAGGGCAGACUGGCUGGGUUCGGCAAGGUGCAUGGGCUGCUGACUGCCGUGUCUGAGGAGCUGCACGACAUCCCGCUGUACCUAGAUCUGCAUGAGAUCAGCGCCACGCUCAAGUGCACGCCCUUCUCCCCAUUUGUCCUUCCCCUCCUAUCCCUCUCUCCCCUUUCCCUUCCCCUCCCGCCACCCCAGGAGCUGCACGACAUCCCGCUGUACCUAGAUCUGCAUGAGAUGAGCGCCACACUCAAGUGCACGCCCUUCUCCCCAUUUGUCCUUCCCCUCCUAUCCCUCUCUCCCCUUUCCCUUCCCCUCCCGCCACCCCAGGAGCUGCACGACAUCCCGCUGUACCUAGAUCUGCAUGAGAUGAGCGCCACGCUCAAGUGCUGCUGUUCCGCUCCGCGCUGGUCAAUGCAGGGCACCGCGUGUCGGGGGCGCACUCCAACCCACUCGGCAUCAAGACCGACGCCCCGUUGGGGCUCAUCUGGGAUGUCAUGCGCUGGCACCGCGUGUUCGGGGCGCACGCCCUCCAACUCACUCGGCAUCAAGACGGAUGCCCCCCUGGGGCUCAUCUGGGACGUCAUGCUCUGCUGGAUCCGAGACCAUCCGGUGAAGUCCCAAGGGGAGGGCAGCCCAGCUGACACGAUUCUGGCCAAGCCACCCACGACUGAGGUCAACUUUGCCAAGGCCCCCAAGGCGUUGAGCAAGGCGCAGCAGAAGGGAGUGGCACGAUUCGUGCCCAACCCAGAGGCAUACUGGGGCCCCAAGCCACGUGCGGGGAGGAAGGACGCCACUGCCAUGGCUGUGCUGGCACGGGAAGAAGGCGCGGUGGGGAAGGAGCAGGCUGGGCAGGCGGAUGGGAAAGGGGAUGAGAUGGCCGAGUGA